GUAGCAAGUGAUUUAUUGCCCACACUUUUCCAUUGUGAGAGGUGGGAAGUAUGCAGUAAACAUGUAUACAAUGCACUACAUUUCCCACUAGCUGGUAACACACAAAACUGUGAGGUAACUACCUGAAACAUUGCUCCUAAGAUCAAGAGUAUUUAGCAGAUAAGAAAAACCUGAAUGUCCAAUUCAAAGAAUGAACUACUAUGAAACAGUGACACACAGCUAAAUCAUCAGUUUUUCUGUGUGCAAGCAGAUCAUAUAUUCAUCAGUGAUAUCCAUAAUUCUUAACCUGGAAAUCUUCAUGGUUAUAUGUUUGGUGGGAUGGCAGAACAGAUCCCAUAUAAUGAAGGGCAGGUAGUGUUCCGCCCCCUCGGCCAGACCACCUGUGUGUACCAUAAAGGGGAAAUCUUGGAGUGGUUUUGUGAAACAUGUCCUGAUGCAAUAUGUAAGAAAUGUAUUCCCACAAUCCACAGGGGUCAUAACUUUGAGGAGUUAAGUGAAGUUACUCCUCAAAACAAAAGUCAGAUACAAAAAUUCAUAGAACAUACUCGGCAAAACGAAAUACUUCAACUUCAUCAGGAAAUAAACUCUAACCAGGAGAGUCUGAAAAAUCACUCAAGCCAUUGCAAGGGGGUGGCACAAGAAGUGAAAAAGCAAGGUGAGAGAUAUAAGAAGGAUGUCGACAGUUUUAUAGCGCAAAUGCUUCUCAAGCUGAAAAAGUUGGAAGAUGAAAAUUCCAAUCUUCUGAGAAAUUACCAGACAGACCUUGAGAAUAAGCUUGAAGAUUUGGAAGGGAAAGUGGAAAAGUAUGAGGAAACUACCAGGACAGGCACAGAUAUACAGAUGUUUGAUUCUGUAAUUAGCUGUCAACGCCUUACUCAUGUCACCUCACCUGCUAAACCCACCCUGGGUACUGUCCAGUUCUACCCAAACAGCCUUACUAAUGAACUAAUGGAGCAGGCAAUUGGGAAAGUGGGAUUGACCCGAUCUGACGAGAUUCCAGGUCCCUCCGAAGAUCAAAUCUCUGUUGUGAGGGAAUGGGAGGCACCAUGUAACACCAGGUGUAUCUGUCCCAUAGAAGAUGAUGAUGGGGCAUGGACCUGCGAUUACAGCAACAUGCUGACAUACCUGACCAGCCAGGGAAAAACAAAGCAGCAGAUCAAAAGUCCUGUCCCAGUCAUAGACAUCUGUGUGUCUCCCAAGACACAAAACCUGUGGGCCUGCUCGAACAUAGACAACAGAGUGAUUGAGCUGGUAUCUGGUAAAUUCACCGGCAGAUUUUACACACUGGAUAAAGUCAGGUCCAUUUGUGUUACUAAGUGUGAUGAAGUCCUUGUGGGGAUGAAAUGCAAAAUUGAAAAAUAUACUACAGAAGGAAAACUUCACUCCACCAUCACAACAGCAUGGUCACCACGGAGGAUUGUACAGUGUCCAGUCAGUGAGAACAUCGCUGUAGUGGACAGAGACGAUGCAGGGGAUGGCGGCAAAGGCAAUCCACACAUUAUUGUGAUGGACAAAAACCUGAGGAAGUCAUUUCAGUAUGGACGACCUGAACAUGCCAGUAGGACAGGAAGACGACCUUUUGACCCAAUUGAUGUAGCCUACGACACUCGGGGCUGCCUUGUUGUUGGCGACUGUGAGAACGGCUGCCUUCACCUCCUGAGUGGUAAAGGACAAUAUCUGAAACUCCUCCACACCGCCACAGAAGGGGCGUGGCCUGUAGGUGUGGCCAGCGAUGGACUUCUGUGGGCACGGUUUGGUGUUUACAGCAGUAAACAAGUCAAACUAAUACAGUACAAACUGUAAACCAACACAUGACUUGGAUCUUUUCAUCCUGUGCUACCAAAACCUAGCAUAGUAACCUGAAUCUCUAUACAUGUAUAAUUACAUUAGGUAUUAACCAGGUGGCUUAGGGUCAGUAGUUAAAGCCUCAGAAGGCACACCCUACAAGGUCCUCAUAUUGAAUUGAGAUUGUAUCAACUGAUUGUAUGAAGUUUUAAGUUUAAACACAUUUUAUUGUACAAAAAUACAAAUAGAUUGGACAACAAGUUAUUACAACUUAAUAGAGUCCUCUCCUAAAUACAUAUGGUAAAUACAAUGUAUAUGUUUUUGGGGAACGGGAGGAGGAUAGGGUGGAGAAGAAAGG